AUGCAACUCUCACAAAAUUCUAAACAAGAUUACCUAAAUAUCUAUGCCAACAAACUCUUAGCAAAAGCAUCCAAUAUUCAUAUGAAACCUAUUGAAAUUAACCCUCCACCUAGAAGAAAGAGUAUGAUUGAUUCAUAUGUACAUUCCUUAAAUAAUGACACAGAACAAUGGAGUGAUAGUAUUAAAAAAUCAAUAAAUGAAAAAAAUAGAUCAUGCAGUAAUUUGCAUGAUUAUUAAGAUGAAUUAAAUGGAUCACUCUAAUAAUUACAAUCUUCAUAAUUUACUAUAUUGAAUUAGAAUUCUAAACUUAUUAUGCUUAAGAUUGAAAAGAAACUUAAAAACUUUAAAUAUGCUAAAGAGAAUAAUCAUAACAUUUGUACAUCUACAGUAGCUAAAAUUAAAUGUUUUUGUUUAGAUAACUAAUGCUUUGAUUUCUAUCGUUGUACAGAUCUCUUAUUACUUAAAUAUCUAAUUUAUGUACUACUUCAAGAAAUCAAUUCAUAUAAUGAAAACACAUAAUCUUAAUAAGAUUAAAUAUUACCUUCUCAAAAAAGUGAAAUCAAGGACACAAUUACAGCUAUGCAAAAUACUAUAGAUGUUUUAAAAAACUAGAAACUUUUUGAUAAGAAUAAUGGUAAUCCUAUUGAAGAUCUAGGAAGAUAUAUUAAAAAGAUGCAAAAUGUUAUUGGAGUAUAAAAUACAUCUUCCCCUAAUUAUGAUUUAUUUACAACACCUUAAUCGAAUAUGAAGAAAAGAGAAUUUGUCUUUUAACCAUCAAGUGCUACAUAAAAAAGAGAAUAUAAUUAAAAUACACCAUCUUAAAAGAUUAUUUAAUUUUAAAUUGAUGAAUUAUAAAUGAAAAAUGAAGCCAUUACAAAAUUAACAUCUAAAAUUAAUGAUUUAGAAUUAGAAAUAAAAAUGAUCAAUAAUUAACUAACAGAAACUUAAAUGAAUUUAUAGAUUUCACAAAAAUCAUUAUCAAAUAAAGAUACAGAAGUAAAUAAAUUCAAAAUCAAUAUAGCUUAAGGAUCUAAUUAAGAAAACCGAAAAGUUAUUAGAAACAACUAGUUUAGCUGUUAAAGAAAAAGAUUAACUCUAAGAUUAUUAUAAAUCUAUAAGAAAUGAUCAUGAAUAAUUAAAAACAUAGUUUGAUGAUUUGUAUAUUAUAACAUUUAAUUUAGAUAAAAGUCCAAUCAAAGUAUAUUAAAUGAAUGUACAAUCUUAAAAAAAUCAUUAAAUGACUCAGUUGAAUAAUCCUAAUAAAAAAUUAAAAAAGAUGAUUAAAAAUUAUAACAAGAUUUGCUUCAAAAAAAUAAAUUGAUAGUAAUUAUUUAUUCAAUAUAAAUAGAGAUAAUUAUCUGAAGAUGGCAAAAUUUUAGGUUAAUACUUAAAAGAUAUAUCUUCUCAAAUUUAAUAAGUUCCUUCUGAUUAAAUCCCUUAAAAUCUAUAAAUGUUGUAGAGGGAAUUAUAAUUUAAAGAAAGUUUCAUCAAUUCUAAAUUAAAUAAUAUGCAUCUUGCUUAAAUUGAUUUAGUAAAAUCAAAUAAUGUUAAUAAAAAAUCAAGAAAAUUAAUGAGUUCUCACAAUUAACUAAUAGAUUAAAUGUAGACAUUCUAAGUAAACUCUGAUCUAAUGGCAAUGAUAAUAGUAUAGAGUGAUGUUAUUGAGAAAUUUUUGAAUUGA